AUGGCAUCUCCGCUCAGACUCGACUUUGUCACUGUUGACGUCUUCACGGGCAAGCAGUACGAAGGCAACCCGCUAGCCAUUGUCCGCAUCCCUCAAAGCGCUAGCGUGACUCAGGAGCAGAAGCAGAGAAUUGCACGUGAAUUCAACCUUUCCGAAACGACCUUCCUACACGAGAACAAGCCCGAUGCAAAGGAUGACAAAUGGCGUGUGGACAUCUUCAUGACAUCCAAAGAGCUGCCCUUUGCCGGUCACCCCACGGUCGGCACGGCAUGUUAUGUCCUCUCGAGAAUCGCAGAGGAACGCGGCAUCACUAAGGGCGUCAUCGAAGCAAAUUUCACCCUCAAGGCUGGCCCUGUCGGGCUCCGGUACGACAUUGCGAGGAAGAGGGCCAAGGCAGCUAUUCCCCACGACGUCCACGUGCAUACGAAGAGAUGGAGUAAGGACGACCUAUUCAAGCUACAACCUGGUCUUGCAGCUGCUUAUGAGCAAAGCCAAAUCAAAACCCAAGACGAUUGUCCUAUUGUUUCCAUUGUCAAAGGCAUGACGUUCAUCCUCGUGGAGCUUGAGAGCGUGGAAAUCCUUGCGAAGGUGUCGUUGGCGGGCCAGAGUAUCGAGAUCGAUGGCUUGGAUCAGGGAUGGGACGACACCUUCAUUGGAACUUACUUCUAUGUGCGGACGGGCAAGAGCGACGGAGGAGCGACGCAACUAAGGACGAGGAUGAUCGAGGGCCCGUUGGAGGAUCCGGCGACAGGCUCAGCAGCGAGCGAUCUGGUUGCUUACCUGUCAUUGAACGAAGGCAAAGCCGGGGAGACGCUCAAGUACGAGCUGGUGCAGGGUGUUGAGAUGGGAAGGAGGAGCGAGAUCUUUAUCGAUGUUGUCAUGGCGAAGAAUGGUGAGAUCGAGACAGUGUACCUCGAAGGCGGAGCGAUCCAGGUGAUGGAGGGAAGAUUGACGGUCUAA